AUCUACAUGAACAAAAUGAGAAUCGAAUUGAAGACAAAUUAUCAACAUAGUCAAAAUAAUAUACAAACCAAGGGUAAGUAAGCUUGAUCGUCAGAUCGAUAGAUACUUCACUCGAUGCCAAGUUAAAUAAUCAUGAGUCAGUCCACCUAUCUAUUCCCAUCCUAUGGCUUCGUCGUAUUUAAAUUGUUGUUUUUAAACUAGCUCAAAACAUAAAACGGACGUUUUAAACUUAAAUUGGAUCAACUAUUGAAUGUCUUCGAAAUAUUAUCGUUAUUUUCCUCAUUGCUAUCCUGAUUAUUUCCAAAUUUAAACCUGAGAGAAACGAAACGAACACGUAUAGAAGAUGCGUUUCUCAACACCACAAAACGACAACAGUGAACGAAACGUCAAAGCGACAGAAAAACAUAAAUAAAUGCAUCAUCGUUUGCAUCUCUUCUCAUUCCGAUGUACGCGAAAAAACAGUGAUGAUGUGAUCGCUUGUGAAUCCGCUUGGGUGCUUUUAUUACUUAGUUUUUGGUUUCCGGCUUACUUCCUGAAAAAAGAUCACGAAUUUAAACCAAACAGUAUGCUUUCCAAAAAAGCCUACUGAUCUGGCCAAACUGUUCUUCCGUCCAGCAAAUAACGACAACGAAAAAUGCAAGAAAAAGUUCAAUCACGACGACCGUCCUCUUCGUCUUGCAAUGGUGGUGGUGGUGGUGUUGGUGAUGGAUCGACGAGAAACACCGAAACGGACGGUUCCCGGCUGAGCAUUAUGGCCAAACAGCCGCUGGAGUUCCUAACGCGAACCGACGAGGGCAACUUUACCGUCACCAAUUCCGAUAUUGUUUGGACAGUAGUUUCGAUACUCAGUCGAAUCGUAAGCAUCUUUCUGAACAUCAAUCUCGCCUACGACUACUACCGGAAGGGAAAGAUCGAUUACUUCAUCUGGACAACCUGUUGCAUUGUGAUUCCCGGCUGCAUAACCAGUGCUCUGACAGUUUAUAUGUACCUGGAGGACAUGAAGGAACACAAAAAGGUCCGCAGAAGAUGCUGCGAGAUAUUAAUCUUCAUAGUGAUGAUUCCGUUCUUCUUCCGCUACUGCCAAUCGCUAGCGUACGCCAUUCACAGUAAGAUUGCCGAGUCGCGAAAUGAUCGCGAAACGCAGAAAAAAUAUUACGAAUUUAUGAUCCAAGAGGAUAGUGACGUUGCGCUGGUGAGGAUAUUCGAGUGUCUUCUGGAGGCAGCACCGCAAAAGAUCCUUCAGCUGACGAUCGUACUGGCCGGUGAGGAUAGUAUGACCUGGCCCCAGCUGCUUGCCAUUCUGGGCUCGAUCACCGGCAUCGCUUGGUGUAUGGCUUCCUACUAUCGGUGCAUUCGAUUUUCGCAACCAGACAAACGUCACAUCAGCUGGCUGGGGACCAUUUCGCAAAUUAUGUGGCAUUUUUCCGUGACAAUCUCGCGCGUUCUGGCGAUUGCCAUCGUCGCGAGCAUAUUUCCAAAGUACAUGUUGAUCGCAUGCUUUGCCCACUCGAUAACCAUGACAUUGUGGAUAUUUUUCUUCGAUCGCUCACCGUUUUGUAGCGCUACUCGGUUGCACAGCUUCCUGUUUUCGCUCGUGCUCGGAGUGGUGUUCAUCUUUACCUACAUACUGCCAAGGAUAGGACGAACAUUCUAUCGCUACCUCAUUUACUACAGCUUGUGUGGAGUGGAAAACGUUGCCUGUGUCGUAGUGUACCUUUGCUAUGUAAGAAACAGUACGAUAAAAAAUACCGGUUAUCUGCCCGUGUUAUGUGUGGCCUCGAUCGUGCCGUUCAUGUUUGGGAUUCUCUGUAUGGUGGUCUAUUACAAGAAUUUCCAUCCUAACAUUAUGUCCCGGAAACAGCAGCAGCAGCCCGUUGAUGAGGCACCCAGUGAUGCGAGUGGUACCGGGGAGAAUUCCUCCGCAAGUGGCGAGCAGAUGACAAAUGGUGGAACGGUGGAUAAAGGAUAAGGAUCGGAUGAUCAGGAGUACCGAAAGUGAUUAUUACUAGUAUUAAUGACGUAGAUUAUUCAUUACAUGUGUAAUGUUCCGAUGAUAAUUUUGUGUUGUGUUUUUUGUUUUGUUUGUCUCUGUAGCGAGAAAAAUGACAGACUGAACCGGAUGAAAUAAUUUUUUAGGAUUAUUUUAGCCAAUGACAAAUAGUACUCAAUUAUUUUGUAAUCAAAGGAAAUAAAUACACAUAUCGCUGACAGAAGCUAAAAUGUGAAUUGAGUGAAAUAAAAACUAUAAAUUA